GCAGGCGCUGGCCAGGGCCGGGUGCAUGAAUGAAUGAGCCGGUCCCCCCGCGGCUCGGCCGGCUCUGACCCCAGCGAGAGCGUCCCAGGCCCCCGGACCCCGCAGCUCUGUGGACGCCCCCCGCGUGCCUUUGUGGCUCAGCUGGGCGCUCCGGGCCACGCCGAGCCCUGGCCCGCGGAGCUCGCGGCCUGGGCGGCUUUAAAUUACGGGAGCGAAUGAUGCCUGGGUGGGGGCAUGGCAGCUGAGGCCGAGCGAAGUGGGGGCAGGCGAGAGAAGACCCGGGGUGGCGGCAGGGGGACAGCGUCUGCUUGGCGGGAGCCCGAGGACGGGAGGAGCCGAGCUUCCUCCUAAUCCCGCUGACAUUUGGGGGUCCAGGCGGAAUCUUCUCCCCUCCGGCUCACCAAAUCCCAUAAGGAGGCCCAGUCGUUGGGACAGCGGUCGCUGAGCCUCUGUUCUGCGCAGGGUCUGCGAAGCGGGCCCGAGGCAUGGGCUCCCAGCCGGGUGGCCGGGGCCCGUAGCGCAGCGUGGGACCGCAGUGUGCACCCACACAUGCUUCAGCUCUUUGGGGACCCGAGCAACCCAGGCCACCGGCAGCAUGGAGCUAUUAGUGGCCAAGGUCCUGUGCAUGGUGGGCGUGUUCUUCCUCAUGCUGCUCGGCUCCCUGCUGCCCGUCAGGGUCAUCCAGGCCGACUUCGAGAAGGCCCACCGCUCCAAGAAGGUCCUCUCUCUCUGCAACACCUUCGGAGGCGGGGUCUUCCUGGCCACCUGCUUUAACGCCCUGCUGCCCGCCGUGAGGGAGAAGCUGCACAGGGUCCUGAGCCUCGGGCACGUGAGCAGCGACUACCCGCUGGCCGAGACCAUCAUGCUGCUGGGCUUCUUCGCGACCGUCUUCCUGGAGCAGCUGGUGCUGACCUUCCGCAAGGAGAGGCCGCCCUUCAUUGACCUGGAGACCUUCAACGCCGGCUCGGACGCGGGCAGCGACUCCGAGUACGAGAGCCCGUUCGCGGGGGGCGCGCGGGGCCACGCGCUGUACGCGGAGCCACAGGCGCACGGCCCGGGCCUGAGCGUGCGGGAGCUGUCGCACGCCAGCCCGCUGCGCCUGCUCAGCCUGGUCUUCGCGCUCUCUGCCCACUCGGUCUUCGAGGGCCUGGCGCUGGGCCUGCAGGAGGAGGGCGAGAAGGUCGUCAGCCUGUUCGUGGGCGUGGCCGUGCACGAGACACUGGUGGCCGUGGCCCUGGGCAUCAGCAUGGCCCGGAGCUCCAUGGCCCUGAGGGACGCGGCCAAGCUGGCUGUCACCGUGAGCGCCAUGAUCCCGCUGGGCAUCGGGCUCGGCCUGGGCAUCGAGAGCGCCCGGGGCGUGGCCGGCAGCGUGGCCUCGGUGCUGCUGCAGGGCCUGGCCGGCGGCACCUUCCUGUUCGUCACCUUCCUGGAGGUGCUGGCCAAGGAGCUGGAGGAGAAGAGCGACCGGCUGCUCAAGGUGCUCUUCCUGGUGCUGGGCUACGCCGUGCUGGCCGCCAUGGUCUUCCUCAAGUGGUGAGUCCCCGCCUCUGCGGGAGCCGCCCCCGAGGAGGACGCCGCGACUGCUGUCAAAGUACCCCUGUUAAACGUCUUUACCAAA